AUGUUUGCAGCCACUCAUCAAUACUACUAUAGACACUCAGAGUUUCUUUUCAGCUCUGUGUACCAUCAGGGCCUGCCCCCUCCAGUUUGUGUGAUGGAUGAAUGGCAGUAUACCAAGCUGGUGGGCAGGAUGGACGAGAUGGAUGGCAGAGGUGCCGACUUCUCAGGGGCUAUUCUCUACACCCAAGAGGACGAGCCAUCACCAUCUCCAGUCAUCACCGAUGUAGAUAUCCUGACAUACAAUGACAAAGAUGAGCCCAAGGCCAUCAACAUUCCAGUUUCGACCUCACUGUUCAACCCCAAGGAGACUGACGAAAUCGUGGCCCCAGUCAAGCUGUUCACUUUCCAGGAUUCGUGCUACCUCCACACGGGCAGUGAAACUGCAAGCGCCAACUAUUCAGAGUGUGUGAGUUGCUGGGACUCAAAUGCGGUAGUGCCACUGACGGGCCACCGUGGCCCUGAUGACUUGAUGGGCAAAGUAGCGCUAUUCGACGUGAGGGAGGGCUAUCCCAUCUGCUACAUGUGGGUCUACAACUUUGUGAUGCUGGCACAAGACCAUGGCGCUGUUGGAGCGAUCUUGGGCCUGGGGAGCGACACGCAGCUUGUUAUUGGAGGGCCAUACCUGCUGUACGCAGAUGUUCACAUUCCGAUGUUUUCAGCGGGAGCCACGGCGACAGGCGCCCUGCUGCAUGCGAUGCAAGAAGUCCACAGCGCAGACCAGCAAGUCAAGGUUCGCCUCCCCGCUCUCAGCAACCGUGCCGGCAGGCCAUUCUACGCCGGGGGCGUGUUCGCGAACAGCCGCCCGGAUUACGUGGACAUCGCCUUUUGGGAUCGGUCGGCAGACGACGGCGAGGACGACCGCCACGUCAGCUUCGAGUGCAGAGCUGGCGUGGGAAGGUUCAACAAGACUUUUGACGGGGUCGCGCCACCCAGGUGGAAUGGUGACAGGCCACCAAACGGCACGAUUCUGACACGUGUGCAGCCGGUGUCCCUGUGCCGCAACGCGUCGACCUGCGCCCAGUGCCUGCAUCUUUCCAAGCAGGUGACGAUUGAAGAUUCGGUGAAUGGCUCAAGCAACAGCACCGGGGACCUGGUGCUGUGGAUGGCGUUCGACGAUUUUCCGUGCUACACGGAGUACAAUUUGUUCCUGGAGGCCGCCGAAACCCUGGACCCUGUGGCCCUCGUCCUGGGGCUAAACUACAGCGACUUCAACUUCCACGAGGCGGGCUUCGAGCCGCGCAACCUGUCCAGGGCCUUCCCGAUCUUUUCCGUCAAUCUGCAGUGCGGGGCCCGCCUGGCCGCGGACAUGGACGCAAUGUACGUGUCCCUGCCCAUCCUGAAGGAGGGAUAUGCGCACACGGCUGGAUCCUACCUUAGCACCUACCUGCCAGAGACGCUGGUGAAGGUAUCGACGCCCGGCGAGGCAGAUGAGAUUUUCAAGGCCGGCUUGUCCACCUGGAACCCAAGCUCUUCUCAAGCCGCCAACGGCACGCUGGUCGCGCUGCAAGUGCAUCCAGCAUGCUUCGGAGUGUCGAGCUGCGCCGACUGCGACGGGAUGAUUUGGAAAUUCAAAACGAACGAGAGCGAGGUGGAGGGCAAAAUUGCGAUCCUGGCAAGGGCCGUGCCAGUGCCUGCAAGCGAGUACCUUCACAACAACAUCGACCCAACCGCGAUGGGCCUUGACCCCGGAGACUUUGGAGAUGACUACGCUCUGGAGCAGCAGGGCUGGAAUUGCCUCUUUCCGUUCAGCAACGUCGCCCGGCAGGUUGAGAUGGCCGGAGGAAAGGCAGUCAUUUUCGUCAACAGUGUGAACAACGUGCACACCUACGUUCAGGCGGACCCACCCCAAGCGGUCAAUAUCCCUUCAUUCAACGUGCCCUUGGCUGUGGGAAUGGAAUGGUUGUGGGACGUCACGAUAUUCGGGAAGAGUAUCGAAAUAUCGUUGCCCGCAAUCCAAGACGGCGUCCCUAGGGAGGCAGGCCUCCAGGUGGCGAGCGUCCGCGCGGCGUCCAUUGCGGAGACAGAGUCGUCACCGCCGCGGGCCUCAGGACCCAGGAAAACCAACCGCACUGCCAGGAUCAUCAUCGGAUGCAUCGCGGGAAUCGUGGGCUCCCUGCUGGUGGUCGCCCUGUCAGUGCUGCUGCUCCUGCGGCGGCAGCAAAAGCUGGCGUACCUGCAAUACGUCGAGGAGGAUGGCGCGGACGCUGUCGUGACGAAGAAGGAGCCCCAGCGGAUGACCACCUUGCCAGAGGACACCAUCCCCACGGCCCCGGACAUCGAGAUGGAGGUCAUGCUGACGGCCGUGCCCAGCAGCGACAGAGCCAAUUGA